CUAAAAGCUAAAAGCGGAUAAACCUCAUUUUUCAACUUCUACAGGGGUUGGGUUUUAGCAUUAGAAAAAGCCUGCGAGAACAAAGCUCUCUUCUUUGGCGCUGGCCUCUGCAACUCGGCUAGGUACGAACUUUGAAUCCCUCUCAUGAUUCCAUCUCUUCGUCAAUCUAAUGUUUUGCGUGCAAAAAGAACUUCUGAGUUACAACAAUUUUCAACUUAUUAUCCGAAUUCGCGUUCCCUCAAUGAAAACAAUCUCACGGUUCGUUAGCUCUGAAUCAAUUAAUGCGACCUUCUAGCCUGAUUUGAUUUCGAAACCCUUCAUCUCUAGUGUGUUCACCAUUCGCUUUAUGUCUUGGGUACAAAGCUGGAAUUGUUGAUCUCUUUAUUCUGUGCAUAAAUUAGCUAAUUUUGCCGCAGGUGACCUGCCCUGAGAACAGUUGUCAAAGAAAAUGGCCAUGGCAAGUUUAACAGCUUCCCCACACACUGCCUUGUUAUUAUCACCCACCGGAAGCAAUGCCAAGAACCAGGGUUGUACAAAGAACCGACGCCUCGGCAUAAGAGCAGUCCACCCAGUGAAGUCACUGGAGGAGCUCUACCAAGUGAAGGUAGAAAGGAAGGUGUCACCACAGCGACUGGCUGAGCUCGGUGUAUCAAGGUGGUCGAUGUGGAAGACCGGGAAAUGCAGGCUGCCGUGGGACUGGCAGGUAGACCAGCUGGUCUACAUAGAAGAAGGGGAAGUGAGAGUUGUGCCAGAAGGAAGCAAAGGGUACAUGCAGUUUGUGGCUGGUGACCUCGUUCGUUAUCCGAAGUGGUUUGAGGCUGAUCUCUGGUUCAAUGGUCCUUACCAGGAGCGGUACAGCUUUCGCACUUAUGGUGAUGAUGACUGCUAGGCAGGCAGUGAUAGUGCCUUGUUCGUUAUCCGAAGUGGUUCGAAGCUGAUCUCCGGUUCAAUGGUCCUUACCAGGAGCGUUACAGCUUUCGCGCUUAUGGUGAUGAUGACUGCUAGGCAGGCAAUAUGGUGCAACAGAAGUAGUGGAGGUUUGUAGUGUUGGAAGAAGUGAUGCUUGGAGUAGGGCAUCAAUCUGUGGAGCAAAGUGUUUGUUGUAAAAUAGUUCAUAGUGGUGUGUCUCAGAAUGUGUAAUUCAUGAUAGCACUCUUUGAACAUUAUUGCAAUCUUUUGCUCUAGCACUACUGGUCUAGGGUUCUUGUAUGAGAGGGCAAAUGUAGCAAACUUCAUUGGAAUCUGAAUUCUGAAAAGCUGCUGAAUAUUGUGGGAUCAAUAUGGGAAAAUCAGUGAACCCACGGGACUACAGUCAUAGACCAUAUGAAUUGAACCAUAAUGGAACAUGAACGGAAUAAUGAAUGAACAUCUGUGGC